ACAUCUUUACAGGUGGGCAAACAUGAUUAACAACCAUAACUUGAAUGUUAGAGGCGCUGCCAUUAGCGAAGAUGACGUUGAAAAGCAGGAGACGAGGGAUAUCCUGUUCCCUCACCAAUUAGAGGACGUUGCGCAGAUCGCUGUGGAUAUUGGUGGCAGUUUAGCCAAAGUAGUGUACUUCUCGCGAACCCCAGAUUCUCCCGGAGGUCGCAUGAACUUUGUCAAGUUCGAGACUCAACAUAUCAACGAUUGCGUCGACUUUAUUCACAAAGUUUUAUAUACUGGAUAUCAUGGGCAAAUACCGGUGGAAAAGCGUGUCAUAAAAGCUACUGGCGGAGGUGCACAUAAAUAUUACGAAUUAUUCAAAGAGAAGCUGGGUGUAACAAUGCAACGUGAAGACGAAAUGGAAUGUCUGAUUACAGGGUUGAACUUCUUGGUCCGGCAAAUUCCGUAUGAGGUGUUCACAUAUGAUGAGCGUCGAGCAGAGUCCAUGCAGUUUGAGUCUACUCCUUCCGAACUUUUCCCCUAUCUACUUGUCAAUAUCGGCUCCGGCGUUAGCAUACUUAAAGUCACUAGCGAUGAAACAUAUGAGCGUAUAAGCGGCACGUCAUUGGGAGGCGGGACACUGUGGGGUUUACUCUCAUUAUUAACCGAAGCCAAGGAUUAUGAUGAGAUGUUAGAAUUAUCAAAGCUCGGUGACAAUAAGAAUGUGGAUAUGCUGGUUGGCGAUAUCUAUGGUGGCGACUAUCCCAAAAUCGGAUUGAAGGGAUCCGCAAUUGCAUCGUCAUUUGGGAAGGUGUUCAAGACUCCACCGGAAGAGAGGAAAUCAAAGUUCAAGCAGGAGGAUAUUUCUAGGUCUUUGUUGUAUCUCGUGAGCAACAAUAUUGGACAGAUUGCAUAUUUGAAUGCACAAGCGCAUGGUAUUCAAAGGAUAUACUUUAGUGGCUUCUUCAUCAGAGGACAUCCGAUAACCAUGAACACCCUCAGCUACGCAAUCAACUUCUGGUCAAAGGGAAAGAUUAUGGCAAUGUUUCUGCGACAUGAAGGCUACCUGGGAGCUAUGGGAGCUUUCUUACGCCAUGUACCUCAACGCGGUAGAAUUCAAUCGUUCACUGAAAACUUUACUCGAGUCGAUAAAAUCUCUGGAUCUUCAUUGGGAGCAGUUGGUGCACUAGAUGAGUUUCCGACACAUCUUACGGUAUUCCCUCUCCUGGCGGAUGUAUCCAGAUACAAGCCCGAUACAACCGAUUUGAAAGACCCAAAACUGCAACAAUAUUGGAUAGACUUGUUGGACAGAAACCUUGGCGACUUGGCCGAUAUGGCUUUACAAUGGCGAGGCAAUUUUGCAGAUACUCGGACACGUGCUUCAAGUUUUGAAGCCAUGUACAGGGAACACCUACAGGCGCUGCGGAGAGAACCAAACAUGUACGGUGCCCUCACAAUACGCAGCCUUCUGGAUCUUCGUGAACAAUGUCUACGCGAGAUGGGCUUUACGGACAUUUUUGAAAAUGUGAAGAAGCAAGAAAAUGCAGCUGCCCUGGAAGGUCUCCCUAAACUUUUAAAGCGAUUAGACGCCAUGGAGGAUGAAGGGAAAAAGCUCGAUAAUCUGAUUGAUAAUGUCUUGGCGGGGAACAUGUAUGACUGGGGAUCGACAUCAGUUCAAGAGAUGUUGAAGAAGGGAGAGCUCGACUUUGAUACUGCCAAGGAGACAGUCGGGCAUCCACAACAGUUCAGCCAAUUGGCUCAACUGAAACAGCGGUUGGUCGAGGGAUCCCCUUACCGCAAAGCCGUGAUUUUUGUCGAUAAUAGUGGAGCGGACAUCAUUUUGGGCAUUAUACCUUUUGCUCGCUAUUUGCUGGGCAAGGGGACAACUGUUGUUUUAGCUGCCAAUACCAGUCCUUCCGUUAACGAUAUCACCGUGCACGAACUGCGAGGAAUUCUCCCAGUUAUCGCCGGAUUCGACCCGGUUAUCCGAUCUGCUUGGGCGGAACAGCGAUUGCUCGCCCUUGGCACCGGUAGUGCAUCACCCUGCUUGGAUCUUACGAGACUCAGCGAUGAGCUGACAACGGAAUGUAGGGAUGUUGAUUUUGUCGUGGUAGAGGGAAUGGGAAGGGCGAUUCACACGAAUUUCUACGCUCGAUUCCGAGUGGAUUCGCUAAAAAUUGGUGUCUUCAAGAACCCUCAAGUGGCAAAGCAGCUUGGCGCCAAUAUGUACGAUGCCAUCGUUCUGUACGAAGUUGCAACACCAGGUUCACCAAAAAAAGUAUAGGACUGGUCUGAGUCUGAUCUUAGAAUCUAUGCAAUUGGAUAAUAGAUUACAGGCUAUUGAAAAUAUGUACAAAUGAAAUAACGGCUGAGCUCUGCCCUUAGUUUUGAGAAGGC